AGCUCCUCCCCUAGGACCGGUCUUCGUACACAAAUUUAAGACUCGCGAAAUGUGCUAAGGAAAUUUUCGUGGAAUUUAAGAUGCGCGGAAAUAAAGAAGAAUAAGGUAUUCCUGUAAGCGCUUGCACGCGACUGUGAUCUCCUUAAAUUCAUUCAGUUAUGGAAGCUAAAAUUUCCAAGGGCACGUGAAAACCUCUACCUCUUAAUUAAAGGGGGUGAGGCGUGGACUAAGUAGUCUACAACAAAGGUCUCGAGAAUUGUGCUCUAGGGGAGCACAAUACAGAGACACCAUUCCUCCAUCAUUACGGUGCUACGGUAAGACAACAAGACAGAGGUGGUGCCAGUGGGACGAGAACUGGUUAUCGAGAGACUUUUAUGAUUUCGAAUAACGCUGAUAGGACGGCAGUACUCGAAAUCCGAUAAAGAUAAAUCACUUUAACGGAACUAGAGUUGUUCCAUGCAUUGAGAUUCGCACAUAUUUAGUCACCAACGAGGAAAAAAAUAAUGCCAUGCCCGGCGGGGGUUCCUUAUCGUUUGCCACUAGUAACUUGUUUACGCUAGCUGUGGCCAUGCGGUUAACGAUUCCUAUUUGUUCUGAAGCUUGUAAUCAAACUUCAGUAGCGGAACUUGUUAUCCAGAGUUUCCGUCACUAAGUUCUGCCUGAAACCUGCCUGCCUGAGUACUGGAGAACAACAAUCCUCGAGUGAUUAAGACGAAGCAAUGGUUAAAGGGAAUAGAAAAGGAGAUGAGAGGUGAUUACAGCGAAGGAAUAGCAGUGGGAUCGUAGCGUCUUCAUGGUAACUGAUGAUUACAGCGAAACAAAAGCAGUGAGAACGUAGCGUCUUCAUGAUAACUGAUGAGAGAUGAUUUAACAGCGAAGGAAUAGCAUCGGGAACGUAGCGUCUCCAUGGUAACUGUUCGCUGCAAGACAUCAUCACUGAGGACUUGGGUGUGCAUCCUCUUGGCAUGGAUACCAGGCUAUGCAAAGUCACAGGCAUGCUCGCCCGUUACUGUGGUAACAGACUGGACCGGCAACCUUAAAUCACCCGAGUUCCCCAAUUACUAUCCCAACAAUAUAUCGUGUUCAUGGGUCCUUACGGUAUCCCCUGGCAACCGCAUCGAGGUGACAACCUUCGUUUUAUUGUUGGACUCAUAUUCUACAGAGGAUCCGAGCUGUCCUGGGGACUAUCUAGAGGUGCGUCAAGGCGCGUCUAGGGUUUCACCGCUGAUCGGUAGAUACUGCGGGGGCAGUGUACCACCGCCUUUUGUAUCGUCUAGCGAGAAUCUAUUUAUGCAGUUCGUCACCGACGCAUCGGGGUCCUCCGCCGGUUUAUUUUUACAGCAUAAAGGCGUUUGCAGAGUUCAACUUAAUGAGACGUCUGGCACUAUCAGCACUCCCAACUACCCACAGUUCUACCCUACCAGUCAAGACUGCCUUUGGUCUAUCCGGGUAAACUCUUUACUGGAAAUAACCCUCAACAUCACCACCUUGGACACGAAGCACAAUGAUAACUGCACCUUUGAUUACGUGGAGGUGUACGCUGGCGUUUCCAUGGGAGCGCCUUUGAUUGGCAGGCACUGUGGUUUGGCGGAAGGGCUCUCGUAUGCCAGGAGAGGGAAUUUGAGCGUGCGGUUCGUGUCGGAUGGAGACCGGGAGAAAAUGGGAUUCUUGGCUACGUAUACGACUCGACUGAGUGGUACAUGGACAGAAUGGUCGCCGUGGACACCGUGCUCCGUCACGUGUCACCAAGGCAACAGCACAAGGUCCCGGAUGUGCACCGAUCCGCUUCCGCUAACUGAUGAGCCGUACUGGUGCCAAGGUCAGGAAAGCAACAAGACGGAGCAAAUAGAAGUCAGAACAUGCGUCGUAUCAAACUGCAGUAUGGAGUAUUUGGAUAGCAGCAUGGUGUUUUUGUCCGCAACACGAAAUCAAACAACUCCAACACACUUUGAGCUGAAUGUCAUUCUUGCUACGGCAUACAUAUCAGCGGUAUUAUCUCCACUGACAUGCGUAGGGAAUGGCGCACUGUUGUACAUCUUGUUCAAGGAUCCCUUCAAGAAAUUUCGGAAACCGACCACUUUAUUCAUAGUAAGCCUAUCUUUGUCCGACUUUGUUUCCGGUGGACUCACCCAAAUGUUAUAUUCGGCCAGAAUGUUUAUGCGGUUUUACUCAAAAGCACAGGGUGACCAAGGACUAUUCUGGACACAAAAGAUGGUCAACCACUUUAUGAUAAACAUCUCCGUGCUGAUUGUGACGGUAAUGUCAAUAGAUCGCUUCCUCUCCAUUUAUAAGCCGUUCAAAUACAAAGUGAUCGUGACAUCACGCCGUGUCGCGACAUGUAACGCAAUCAUCUGGGUGUACAGCGUGUUGUUUACCUUGACCAGCUUCACCAUGAGCAGAGAGGUCUUCAUGCAGAUUGACCUUCACCUUCACACUACUCUCCCCGUACUCGUCAUGAUUAUUUGCUACGUCAGCAUGUAUGUCCUUAUAAGGAAGAAACAGCACAGACGGGUGAACCUGGAGCUGAACACACGCUCGGAGCGAAGUCUGCGAAUCCAGAAGAGGGUUUCGGCAACCGUCUUUAUGGUGAUUUUCCUACUGUUUAUUGGACUGAUGCCGUUUUUUGUGGUGGUCAGUAUUGGAAUUGACUUCCCUGUGUUUACUGAAGAGAAGUGGUUCAUCGUGAUGAAUUACACAUGCUUGCCGUUUUUGUUCGUCAAUAGUGCGUUGAACCCUUGGUUGUACGCCUGGCGGCUUACUGAUUACAGGCAGGCUUUCUUCGCCAUUUUUCACAUCAAGACGAUGGUCAUGGAUAUCACGACAAGCAGGUCAACCAAUGAUGGAUCUACGAUGGAAAAAUGACAGGUUUACUACUGCAUCGCAUAGCCGUAGCAGGUCACGAACGAUCGGCGGGG